UUCAAAAAGGCGUCUCACAUGCAAACUAACUGAGGGUGGACGACGAUGGUGAUGGCUGCAACCUGACGACAUUGAGAGCUUCCGAAUCGCCACGAGCAAAGUACCUUUAUUAUUAUCCUCCUCCUCCUUGCUUCCAUCAAGGCUACUACUAGUAGUGGCUCUUUCCUCCUUCCAUUCGUUGGAUACCCCACAGCUACCUCCUCGAACCAACUGUUCGCUUUUUCCAUAAUCCGACCCUCCGACCACCAUCUUCGAGUUUUGUGCAUUGCCAACUCCCACUACCGUCAAAGAAGUUUCUGGGGUGAUAGUUGAGUAGCAAGGCAGGGAGAGGGAAUCCGUGUCUUUGCAAGUUCCGUAGCUGGGCUGUCUAUCUAUCUGUUCUCUUCUAGCUUGAUUGAUAGAAGCAAGCAAACCAUGAGGAAUCCUCUCAAGAAGAUCACCAAGAAGAUCAAUUUUCGGUUGGCCAGCAAUGCCGCUCAACACUCCAAUUCCAAGACAAGCAGCAGUGACAAGGGAGAUGGGAAAGCCACCACCAGCAGUAAAAAGAAACAAGGCACCAGCCGGGCCAUGUACAAUCGAAGUCACACGGAAUCAGAGCACGACGAUCCCCUAUUCAACAAUCGCUCCAGUAAACUGAGGCUGGCACUGGCAGAAAGCAAAAAGAAUGCCAAUGCUGCACAACGAGCCACUGCUGCUGCGGAUCAACCCAAGAAGAAGAAAAAGAGUCGCAUGGGCUUUGGGACUAUGGGUAGUAGUCGCAAGACAAAUCCCGACAAGGCAGAGAAUGAUAACCAACAACACAAGAACAGCAGCCAAGACAACAACAACAACAAACAGCAGCAGGACACUCUUUUAGGUCCAGCAUCAUCCGAACGAGCCCCCAAAUCAGUCGAACAAUCACUUCCAGCAACAACAUCCAGUGAGGAUAAGACUCCACCUCGACGAACUCCUUCUUCCUCCAAAUUUGAUGCUCCCACUGUUUCCUCGCAACAAAAGAUGCGUGACAAACGCGACCCCCACUUGGAACGAAUCGCCAAGGCAGCCGCCGCACUCGACAAUACUGGAAAUGAAAUGUUUGAACGGGGAGAAUACGACAAGGCCAUGGCACACUACGUCAAGGCACUCAAACUCAAGAAUCGAACACUGGCAGGGUCGCAACAAUUGGAUGAAUUGGGGAAUCCAAUAAUAACUGCGCCACUGCCAGCAGCAGUAGACAACAAACCUGAUGAAAAAGAACCAGCCAAGAAGAAGGAAGAACCGGAAGUCCAGAAGGGAUCCGAUGAUUUGUGGGUAUCCGUGGCAACGUCCAUUAACAAUAUUGGCUACUUGAGACAACAAUCCGGUCAUGCGUCGGCAGAAGAAACCAUGCAGGCCUAUCAAAACUCGUUACAAAUCAAACGACGUGUCCUGGGAAAAGAUAAUCUGAGUGUGGGAAAGACGCUUAACAAUCUGGGCACGGUACACUACUUGAAACGGGAAUAUGAUCAGGCACUGCAAGCCUAUCGAGAAGCACUGCAAAUCAUGAUGGCAACGCUGGGGCCCGAUCAUUUGGACGUGGGAACCGUUCAUAGUAACAUGGGUGAUGUCUUUUGGGCACAAUCGGGUGAUGCAUCGUCGAAAGCAGCCAAACAACAACGACGAGGCAAUGAUAACAACAACAACAAUUCGCCGCAAGAUAUUUAUCAAGCCAAUCGGGAUGCGGCGCUGAAUCAUUACCGACAUUCGCUGGAGAUUCGAUGGGAAGAACUCAAGGAUCACAAGGAUCCCAAAAUCAUUCGAUUGUUGGAGAAAAUUGCUGCACUAGAAAUGGGAGAAUCAUUCCUGGCAUUGGUGCAGAACAAUCACCGACAUCGCAUGUCGCCCAAGAAAAGGGAUGAUGCCAUUGAUGAGGAAGAAAAUGAUACCACGGAUUCCACCGAUCCGGAUGAAGCCAUUGAAGCGGAAGCCAGCGAGCGUCCGGUGCAGCAAGAACUGCAGACGUUACACCAGGAAUUACAGGAGGAUGUCAAGGCGUUGGAUAUGAUGGAACGGAAAAUGGCAAUUGACAUGGUCAAAGACAAGCUGAGACUGAUUCGAGAGAUGAAAAAAUUAUCCCUCCUCAACAAGCCGUUGGAUGAAAUGAGCCUUGCCAGCGGAGCAAUCACACCGAGGAUCAAAGUGCAACCACUCAGUCCGGUGGAGAGAAAUGAAGCAUUGUGCGCGGUGAAGGGUAGAUUGCAACAACUACGAAUUGCUCGAAUUCAGGAACCAGACAUUAUGAGAAGGCACACACUGUGUGUCCCCAGUGACUUGAAGGAAGCCGACCAAUCUCCAGCAAAUUACGUCAUGAGCCAAAGAGCCCAGCAACUGUUGAACCGAACAUUGCUUCAGAAGCCUGCUCUCGCCGGCAUCAAGCCGUCUCCCACUGUGAGUGAAUUCGAGGAACUGCAAAAGUUCUCAUUCUUCAAUGUAGAGCAUCACGAGAUUGAUAUCGGUGACGACGAUGAUUCCGUGCUCAGCGACAUUACCCGAUCGACAACACUGAGCGUGAGCCGAAGAGGACGCCAAAACUUGAACGAAGGUAUGGAUGCCCUGCGAAGUCACCCCGUUCCCGCCGCACAGGGUAACUCCAACCAUUCGUGGAUGGUUCCGACAGCCGCUCCUUUGGAGACAUCCGGGGUUAGUUCCCCUCCCGCGACUCCGCUGCCUGCUGCUUCCAUGGCAGCUUUCUAACUCAACAAUUGAGUUUUUCAUUAUCGUGAACUAACUAGUCUACAGUAACGAGAGAAUCCUACAUGAUUCUUCAAGUGCUUUCGUCAAUC